AUGCCUGUGAGAACGCGGUCUCAGACAAAGGCCGCAAGCGAAGCCGUCACGACAGUAGACACGACAGAAUCCGAUGUCGAAGCUGAGGAAAGUGUACGCAAGGCCCUAGGAGAAGCCGAGCAGAGGGUAUUGCUGGAGUUCAGUCGCCUCGCGAGAUUCGUGCGAGGCGAGAUCAAUGUCACAUAUGAACGAAUCUGCCAGCUCGAGGAAAGCGAUGAUCCACCCGACACGGCGGCCAAAAUCGAACAGUCAAUCCAAACUAUUGUUGAGCAUUGCAGACCAAAUGCUGAUCCGAAAAUCCAUCUCAAUGCUCUUGACACCCUUCGCAGUAUUGGCGUGGCAAUCUGCCGCUCUUCUACCGACAUCGUUGGCAUUCAAGUGCGAAGACACUUUCGGCAAGUCCGGACUCUGGAGAACGGCAUGAUGAACAUCGUGACGGUGAUGCGGGAAGAGGAAAUCGAGAAGCUUUUGAGCGAUACUGCUCCCCAAUCGCUUCUUCGAAUGCUGCAUCAUCUUCAGCGCACAGCUCAAGGCUGCUGUCUGUUUGAUGGGCUUGAGGAGGUUAUCGGUUACAUACGGGGCGACAGCCAGGACACGGAGGAUGAUGAAGAUGAAAAUUAA